GGCGGGGCGGGGCUCCGGGGCCGUCUCGCAGGCUGCGGCGGCCGCGGGAGAGGCGUCCACAGCGGCGGCGGCGGCUGGGGCAGCGGCGGACCGGCGGCCGAGCAGGGCGGCGGCGGCUCGUGCAGGGGGCCCAGGAACCGGAGCAGCUGUGCUAUUGUCUGAGGAUCCCCAGUGUUUGUCUGCCUGGGCCAGAGUGACCCUCGUCUUGUCAUCAGUGCAGAUAAGCCGGCUCCCAGCUGUCACGACAGGUUAUCACUCACCAAGGACAGAGAAACCACAGGACUCUCGGGGACCAUAGCCCUGAUUUAGGGAGCCAGACUUGUCUUGGCCAAACAGCUGCUCAUCUGGUUCGUUCCAUCAGCCUGGAUUGGUGAAUCUGAGUCACAAGGGAGAUCUCCAGGUUUGCUGGGAUGGGAAACCUGCUCAAAGUCCUUACCAGGGAAAUUGAAAACUACCCACACUUUUUCCUGGAUUUUGAAAAUGCCCAGCCCACAGAAGGAGAGAGGGAAAUAUGGAACCAGAUCAGCGCCGUCCUCCAGGAUUCCGAGAGCAUCCUCGCAGACCUGCAGGCUUACAAGGGCGCGGGGCCAGAGAUCCGAGACGCCAUUCAAAAUCCCAAUGACAUUCAGCUUCAAGAAAAAGCUUGGAAUGCAGUGUGUCCUUUGGUCGUGAGGCUAAAGAGAUUUUAUGAGUUUUCUAUCAGGCUAGAAAAAGCUCUUCAGAGCUUAUUGGAAUCUCUGACCUGUCCGCCCUACACACCAACCCAACACCUGGAGCGGGAGCAGGCCCUGGCAAAGGAGUUUGCGGAAAUUCUGCAUUUCACCCUUCGAUUUGAUGAGCUAAAGAUGAGGAACCCGGCUAUUCAGAAUGACUUCAGCUACUACAGAAGGACCAUCAGUCGUAACCGCAUCAACAACAUGCAUCUAGACAUUGAGAACGAAGUCAACAAUGAGAUGGCCAACCGAAUGUCCCUCUUCUAUGCAGAAGCCACGCCGAUGUUGAAAACCCUCAGCAACGCCACCAUGCACUUUGUCUCCGAAAACAAAACGCUGCCAAUAGAGAAUACCACAGACUGCCUCAGUACGAUGACGAGCGUUUGUAAAGUCAUGCUGGAAACUCCGGAGUACAGGAGUAGGUUUACAAGCGAAGAAACGCUGAUGUUCUGCAUGAGGGUGAUGGUGGGGGUCAUCAUCCUCUACGACCACGUCCACCCCGUGGGAGCUUUCUGCAAGACGUCCAAGAUCGAUAUGAAAGGCUGUAUAAAGGUGUUGAAGGAACAGGCCCCAGACAGUGUGGAGGGGCUGCUGAACGCCCUCAGGUUCACUACAAAACACUUGAAUGAUGAAUCGACUUCCAAACAGAUUCGAGCAAUGCUUCAGUAAAGCUUUGCUCAGUGAAGAGGAUCUUUGAACUGACCUCAGAAGAUGUAUAUGUUUACAUAAUUUAAUACAGAUUGAUGUUAAUACUCGUGUAUUUACAUAACCGUUUCCUUCUUGUCCCUGAAAUAUAUGGACCUUAAUUUGUAUCCUGACUGACUCAACCCAGCAGAGCAUAAAUUGACUGGAGAGCCUUAUCUUCGAUGUCUGAGACGAAAACCCCUUCUCCAAAAGGAAAAUUUUAGAGACAUUGAUCUUUGCUACUGGAGUUCCUCACACCUUUAACAAUCAGAAAUUCCUAAUAGCUUGUGGUCAUGUCUUAAUUCUAGAUGUGUAAUCUCUCUGGGAAGUAUAGUUAUAGAGACAUGAAGUAUUUGAUUUCCUGGGUCAGCUCAACUACAAGAAACACAACUGUUAUCCUGACAGAGAGAGAGGGAUCCCAGAAAAGAAAAAUGCACGUGGAGACACAAAGCCAAGUGUUUGGAAUUCAGCACACCCCCUCUCUUUCCUCAGACAGUGCAGCACACGUGCAACUUUUUUGUUGCACGUGUUUUAUUUAUCAGCAUACUCUCUUCCUGUUUUGAUUUAUACCCCCUAAUGUUCCCUUUCCAUUUUGCAAGAGGAAAAAUCAGUGUGUUUGCAUCAGUUCAUGGGAGAGAAGCAAGAAGAGAUAGAUGUGCUGUUGUGGAUGCGUCGGUGGCUGUGGUGGAAGUGGGGCACAGGUGGGGAGGAAGGGCACCCAGGCAACUGAACGGUCAUCUCUCUGCUUCAGCCCUCUGUCUCCAGGGACAGGGAAAUGGAGCUCUGGCUAAAAUUGUGGGUAAGGUUGCUAACGUUCCUGUUGUCUGUGGAGCGCUGGAUACACAGCCCCUCCUAAUAGGAGCCCUGUCCUCUGGGGACCAUCCCUGUGGCAGCAGAGACCUAGACACUUAAUUAGUUACCAGAAAACUAGAGGAACUUAGAGGGGAGAUUUUCGUUUUCUGGUUAUCUAAUAUUUAAAUGGCAGCUCCUUCACGACCCAACUGCUAGCUUGUUGCAAUGUAUAAACUCUGGCUUGAGUACCUGGAUUAAGUCCUAGCCCUGUUGAUUCACAGAGUGAUCUUGGGAAAUUCACUUAAGUUCUCUGUGUCUCACUUUCCUCAUCUAUAAAAUGGGCAAAUAAAACAGAUAAUCUCCAAUAGUCCUACAAGACUAUGAGUCAAUAGAAAGACUGACUCUCACCAUCCUUCCUUUGUAAGUAGAAUCCAGUAAGCAUCACCCCACCUUGCCUUGAUGCUUAGCAUUAUGACAAGGGUCAUUCUGUCUGCAGACAGAGCUUAGAAUGGAAUCUUGGAAAUCUUCUAUUCUGGUCUCCAGUGGAAAAAUGAGACAGAAAAUGAAGUCUAACAGGAUCACCCCCAUGUAGGACUAGAACCCAGGAUGCCUCAUUCCUGACUCCAUGCCCUUUCUUUUUCACCACGUGGCCUAUGCAUACAUACUAUGGGGGUGAUACUGGACGCUUUUAAAUCAACCCUCAGCCUGAACCAUAUAAUUGCUUGCCUAUUUCUGAUGGAAGGAAAGAGUUGCCCAGGGAACGGUAAUUCCCAAAGUUGGGUUUGGUUAUAUCAGGGUUUGGUGUCAUUCACAAUGUCCCAAUGUCACAAUGUCCCAAGGAAUGAGCUGUCACACCAUUACUUUCCUGACUUUGGUGGCCAGCUGGCAUUCCCUUGAGUCCUCCAAGAAGAGGAGAGACAUACUUUGGUUUUGUUUAUUUUUAACAAAGAAAUCCAUUCAAGUGACAGAACAGAUUACCCAGUCUGUAUCUGAAUGUCAGUCAACAAGGAGAGGAAAGGCCCUUUUCCUUGGAGCUUUUCAAGCUGAACAAGUACAGCUGCUUGGAUGAGGGUUCUCUCAUCAGAACAGAAAUGCAUUAGAUGGCUUUCAAGACCUUUCCAAACCUAGGCAUUCUAAAACCCUAGAGGAAGCCAGAAAUUAGGAUAACACUGGGUAAACAAAUUCAUUAAAUAUUCAGCUUAAGAAAUGUUCUUUUACUUGGCAGCCCCAUGUUAUCUUUGGGAAACAACUGUCAAGACUAGAAAUAUAGAUGCACUCAAUGUUUAUCGUCACUGGGUUUACUUUCCUCCCAUAUCAGGGAAGGAGAUUAAGUCUUGGAGAGGGGAAAGGACUUGCAGAGUAAAUAGUUGAGCACGUUUAUAAUUUUUAAUUAGACUUUCUAUCAAAUGGGACCAAACAUAUGGGAGAGGCUGCCGGCCUGCCCCGAUUUAGCCAAGCCACCUUGUUUCAAAGCCAAGAUUCACUAGCACGUGGAUUCUCAAAAGCCCAGGACCUGAACUAUUGCCUCUGACUAUCAGGAGGACGGUUAACCGAAUGUCUGUGAUCACUAACAGGUGAUGGGCCUUGGGUCCACUCCGGAGCUAAUGUGGGAGACAAAUUCUUUUAACAGUCUGUCCGCCAGGCAUCAGACAUCCUUGAAAAAUCACAGCUUUUUGUGCUGCAUGCACAUGUGUCCACACCCUGUGAGUGGUUCAGGGGAAAGUGCAAGCCACAGUAUCCAUGUCAAUGUUAACUGUAUUUCAUAUUCGAUGUCUCAUGGUUUUCAAAUAAAAGUGUUUUCCAUUACUCAUAUUUAUUUUGGGGCAAGCAACAAGGUGAAAAUUACAUUUCUCAGAUGCACUGCUACUUUGGCAUUAUAACUUUGUUCUCGGAAACCUUUUAUGUGCCACUAGGAAUUAGUAAAACAAAGUGACAAUGAAUCUUUUGAAUUGUGGUGACCCAUUGGGGCUGGAGUAUAAACAACCAGAAAGAAAAUCCUGGAUACUAUCCUUUAACUAUUAGUUAAUAUCAUGCUUCAUGGGUGUUUGCUCUUAGUCAUCACCAUUGUAUCAAGUUAUUAAUGGUAAACUGAGGUUUUUGAUACAUCAUCACAUUUAAAUAACAGCAAUUUCAUGCUUCCUCAAAAGAAAAAUGAAGCUCACUCAAUCUUGGAAUCUAAUGGUGCAGAAGACAUCAGAAACUUCUCAUUCAGUCUUGUAUCCCAGACAGAUAACAGAUUUUUCUAGAUGUUAAUAAUAAACAUUGGAAUUUUAUCUUAAAGAAACAAAAACUUUGGAACCCAAUUUCCCCACUACAUCUAUAAAGGCUGUUGCAUACACAAAGCUGUUUAAAAGUUGUUGUAUAUUGUUUGCUGAAGUCCCUGUAAUUUUUUUUGCCUGCUUUGCCUCUUUUUGUACAGAAGUUUUGAGUGUGAGAUGAAAAUUAAA